AUGUUUACUAGCUCCGAGUGGGAUGAGUGCAAAUGGUCCAAGACGGUCAAUGGGAAAGCAAGUUACAACACCGUGAUGUCUAUUAGUUUUUGGAAUGGUGUGACUUCUUUCUUGACUAUUUUUGCUCCUUUGGUGAAGGUGCUUCGCAUAGCGGAUGCCGAUAAGAAGACGUCGAUGGGAUUUUUGUAUGGGGAGCUUAUGCAUGCCAAAGAAGAUAUAAAAAGUGUCUUGAACAAUCUUGCCAAGAACUAUGAUCCCAUCUUAGAAAUCAUUGACACGAAGAUGAUGGGUAGAUUGGACACCCCGUUGCACUUGAUGGCAUAUCUACUAAAUCCUUAUUAUCAUUAUAAGGACCCGAAUCUCGUACUAGAUCAAGUUGUUUCGGAUGGAGUUUUUGAUUGUCUUGAUGUCAUUUGUCAUGUCUAUGUCCAAUUCAAUUCUCGUUUAUUGAACAAGCGCAAAUGGAGGAAAGAAAAGGAUGUGUUACUUGCUAGUGAGGCAAGUAAAGCUCAAGAGUGGAUUAUUCUGGGAUUAGUAGACGAGGAAGAUGAGGACGUUAAUGGACUUGAAGUUGAGGAUGGCACAUCAAGAGUGAGAGCUUGA